AUGAGUGGAUCUUCCAGUUUGCAGAAAUCCGUGGACUCACCACCUACAGCUACACCGGCUACGCCAUUGUCACCUCCUAUUAAUAACAAUGGAACUGCGCCGAUCGAAAUCAAAUCACCAGAUCAGAUGUUAUCGAAUCCCGAGAUUCAGAAAGUGAUGAACUCGGAUGUUGCCAUUAACGCACUGCUGUCCCGAUUGAAGCAGUCUCUGUUGACCUGUGAGGAGUUUACCAAGUUUAUUCGUAAAAAAUACGUGUAUGAGGAAGAACAUGUCGAAGAGUUGGCUAAGCAGUUCAAACAUUUCUUUGUGGACGCUUCUGGAAGCUCUCUAAAACGAAGAAUUCACGAUGUUCUGGAGUUUGAUGGCAAAUUGGCUCAAGUCAAGCGAAGUUACGUAACAGCCUUGGAGAAGAUGUACGAUGAAAUGAGUGCACUACUGUUCACAAUGACCAAGAUGAGGAAAUCAGUGAAGGAGAAUAGCAGAAGAUUGGAAAAAGAAGUCGCAGAUGCCAUUCAUAGCGCAGAGAAGGCUCAAGCCCGAUAUAACUCAUUGUGCCAGGAUUGGGAUAAAUUGAGAAUGACAGAUCCUACAAAGACCAAGUUGACUUUGAGAGGAUCCAAGACCACAAAGGAACAGGAAGAAGAAUUACUGAGAAAGAUUGAUAAUUCAGAUUUGGAUUAUAAACAAAAGGUGGAUUAUUCUGAUUCUUUGAGAAAUACCUUUAUCACGAGAGAGAGGCCAAAGAUAGUUCUUGAGCUGAAGGAUUUGAUUUUAGAGAUUGACACGGCUAUGUCUAUCCAAUUACAAAAAUAUACCAUUUGGACAGAGAAUUUGAUUCUGAACAGUGGGGUUACAGUCACCCCAUUUGACUCAACAAAGUCAAUGAAAUCUAUUGCAUCUUCUGUGACCAACGAGAAAGAUUUGUAUGAUUUCCUAAAUCGAUACAAUAAUACGGGAAAGAAUGGGCUGAUGGUUAACAAAAAUUUGAUUCCCGUUGGUUAUAAGAGGCAUCCUUCCAUGGCUAAGGGUUUCGGAGACUCAAGCAGUAAGAGAAGCCCCCCAAUUUUUGCUGUAAAUCCAACAAAGAACUCGAUUCCCAAGAGAAUCAUUUCCACACACAAUGAGACCCCAUUUACUUCCAGUCCGUCAACACCGUCAAUGGCAGGCUCAACGAAUACUUCUUUCAAAAGUCCCAACCUGCCACCUAAAAAUUCCGUUAACUCAGCUCAACGAGAGCCCAAGACGAGUUCCGAGUUUUCGCAACUACAUGUCACCAACGAGGCUUCUAUAUCAAGCAAUAACGAUACAGAUCCCAGAUCUAAAACAUUGGAUCCUGGAAACUCUAACGCAAGGCUACCUAGUUUGUCAACUACUGUUUCGAUGGCAACUGCUGAAUCCGACAGACCUCUUUCGCACAUACAGACCAAUAACUCGAUGCCUCCUGGAACCCAGAAGAAUUUUAAGACUUUCGGAGUACCUAUAGAAAAUCUUGUCGAAUUCGAACAAGAUAUGGUGCCCGCCAUAGUUCGCCAAUGUAUCUACGUCAUUGACAAAUACGGUCUUGAUUUAGAGGGAAUUUACAGAAAAUCGGCUAACGUCCUUGAUGUCAGUAAGCUGAAGGAAGAAAUUGACAGGGAUCCGUCAAACGUUGCUAUGAUAUUACCACCUAAGAACUAUACCGAUUCGGAUAUAUAUUUGGUUGGUUCUCUACUGAAAGCCUUCUUCGCCGCAUUGCCAAGCUCGUUGUUGCCCGAGGAGCUGGGGCCUGAAAUUAAAACUUGCUUGUCCAUACCAGAUCAAAAGACAAGAAAAAACUAUAUGCAUGGUCUGAUAUACAAAUUACCUGAUGCCCAGUACUGGACAUUAAGAGCGUUGUUGUUUCAUUUGAAGCGUGUCGCAGAUCAUGAGUCACAAAAUAGAAUGAACUUAAAGUCGCUCAAUAUCAUAUGGGGCCCAACGAUCAUAUCGCCCAAUGAGGACGAGCCUCACGAUGUUAACUUCCAAAUUGGUGCUAUGGAAGUUCUGUUAGAUGUUGCUGACCAGGCAUUUGAAGCUGACUAA